UCUCUCUCUCUCUCUCUCUCUCUAAGCCUUCUACGGUACUGGAAAGCUGAAAGGAACAACACCCACUUCAACAGCUGUAUAGGUGGGAAUUUGAUUGUGCUUCUGGUUCAUCUAUGAGAUAUAUCCAACAAAACCAUUAGAAUCCACUCAUGUUAGACAACACUGCUCGUCCAUCUUCCUCUUCUGAUGCUUUCACUUCCUCCGAAAAUGGGGUUGCUAACAAGAGGAAAAGAAGACCAGCUGGUACUCCAGAUCCAGAUGCUGAGGUGGUAUCUCUCUCACCCAAGACCCUAUUGGAAUCCGAUAGAUACGUAUGUGAGAUCUGCAACCAAGGGUUUCAGAGAGAUCAGAACUUGCAGAUGCACCGUCGACGGCACAAGGUGCCGUGGAAGUUGUUGAGGAGAGAGACGCCGGAGGUGAAGAAGAGAGUGUUCGUGUGCCCGGAGCCAAGUUGCUUGCACCAUGACCCUUGCCACGCCCUUGGAGAUCUUGUGGGAAUAAAGAAGCAUUUCAGGAGGAAACACAGCAAUAAUAAGCAGUGGGUGUGUGAGAAGUGCUCAAAAGGUUAUGCUGUUCAGUCUGAUUACAAGGCCCAUCUCAAGACUUGUGGUACCCGAGGCCAUUCUUGUGACUGUGGUCGGGUGUUUUCCAGAGUUGAGAGUUUCAUCGAGCACCAAGAUGCUUGCACAGUACGGCCGAUCAGGCCGGAGUUACAGACAUUUCAGCCGGCCUGCUCUUCUCUAACCGCCUCGAGUACCAGCCCAUCAAGUGACACCAACUUGAGCAUUAGAAUACCAAUUCAAACACCUGCUGAACGUAACAGUUCUGAUGAUCAACACAACUUGGAACUUCAACUAUUACCAUCAUCAAUCAUAUAUUCAUCAAGAAACAGGGAUGACAAUCAUUCAACUCAUUUGAAACUCUCCAUUGGAUCAUGCAGUGGCAGCCGAGUUAAUGAUUCCAGCCACCCCGAAAGCUCUUUCCGAUUAGGGAAUGCCACUGAAGCCGCAUUGGAGGCAUCAAGAAUGAAAGGAGGGGAAAAUGAUGGGCUAAAGUUGGCCAUGAAUGAAAUGGCCUGUGCUGAGGAGGCUAGAAAACAAGCCAAGAGACAAAUUGAAUUGGCUGAGUUAGAAUUUGCCAAUGCAAAGAGGAUUAGGCAACAGGCACAGGCCGAGCUUCAAAAGGCUCAAAGUAUAAAAGAGCAAGCCACAAAGAAGAUUAGCUCAAUUUUGCUAGCAAUCACUUGCCAUGCUUGCAAGCAACAAUUCCAAGCAAGAACAGUCACUGCACCAGCUGAUGAGACCUCAUUUGCCAUGAGUUAUAUGUCCUCAGCCAUGACAGAAGGAGGAGGGAAGUAACAGCCUCAUCCUUCAACCUUGUAGAAAAUCUCUCUCUCCCUCUCCCUCUCUC